AUGUCAGGUCCAGAGAAAGGAAAGAAACCUUCGUUUCUUUCAAAAAUUGAUAAAAGUCACUCUAGUAAUUCUCAUGUUGCAGCUCGUGAUGAAUCGGACUCUGGUUCUGAUUUAGAGUUUGAAGCUGGACGUUCUAAUAAUUUGCCAUCUUUCAAACAGCGGGAUGCUGCUGAGGGUUCCAAGAGCAAACAAUUAAUCGAAUUAGAUGCUGCAAGGACCAUCAGACAUACAUCUGCUAAUUAUCAGGAUGAUGGUGAGGACGAUGGAGAGCUGGAUAAACAUUAUCAGGAAAAAGUAGCUCGUUUUGGUGGACAUAGAUCGUCUACUUCGUCAUCAGAAGGAGAAUAUAAGAAUGUGCGGUUCAAAUCCAACACGGAAGAGUAUGAAGAUGACAAGUCAAAUAGAUCUUCACAUUCCUCGAGGUCGUCUGAUGAUGAGGACAAACUUGACCACUUUAAGCAGUUUUUCCAUAGAGGAGCCUCCCAGAAACGUGGAAUGAGGAAUUUGAAUGGUGAUGAUGAUGAAGAUGAUGAUGAGGAGAAAGGUGUUCUAUCCAAGUUUAUUAACAACUUCUCACAGAAUGGUGGAUUAGCACCGGGAUUUUCCACUGAGAAACAGAAAGAGAACGAUGAUAUUGAAAAACAGGCAGAGGAGAAUGACAUUCCAAUGGUUGAUUUCAGUGAAGCGGCACAGCAAAUCGUGCAUGCACAUUCUGGUUCCAAUGAAAAGCAGACGUUGACUGCACCCGAUAGGACAGCUUCCGAUGGUGAAACGGCCUACGAAUCGGGAUCUCAAACGCCAACUAGUCACUCUUCAUUCGUGGCAGCUCCAAUGGAACAUUAUAUUGAAGGUGAACAGGGUGAUGACGAAGCUUAUGGGGACGAUUACGAUCCGUUUGUCGAAAAUACCGCUUAUGUGGCCCCACCUACUAAAGUUAGAGGCGGUGUUCUUGGUUCUCUGUUGAAAAUGUACCAAAACGAAGAUCUCAAUUCUACCUAUUCCUCUGUUUCGCUCAAUGACUCUGAUACUGCAACUCCUGCGCUAACUCCAACUAGCUCAAGGCUAAAGUUACCAAAGGCAAACAAUCUAAAGAAACUGAAUCCAAUUCGUAAGAGUAAUGCUGAACUAGGAGAGGGUUCUAAGAGUGAUUUACCAUCUUUCAAAAAUACCAGACCAAAAGGUAAGAAGUCUAGAAUCCCUAAGUUUAAGAAGAAAAUGGCUACUGAGGCAAGAAUUACAGUGCAUAUUGCAGAUCUUUUGCAAAGACACAGAUUUAUCCUGCGGAUGUGUAAAUCUCUGAUGCUUUAUGGUGCCCCUACACACAGAUUGGAAGAAUAUAUGAUUAUGACUUCCAGGGUUCUCGAGAUCGAUGGACAAUUCUUGUAUCUACCCGGUUGUAUGAUUGUUUCGUUCGGUGACGCAACGACGAGAACUUCUGAAGUUCAGUUGGUCAGAUGUGCUCAGGGCUUAAAUCUAUGGAAACUACAUCAAGUGCAUACUAUCUAUAAGAGAGUGGUUCACGACACAAUGAGUGCAGCAGAAGGUAACGUUAUCAUCGACAAGAUCCUGCAGGACAAGAACUUGUAUCCACCUUGGGUUUGUGUGUUUUUAUAUGGAUUUUGUUCAGCUACGGUCACACCUUAUGCUUUUGGUGGUGAUUGGAUCAACUUGGCCAUCUCUUUCUUCAUGGGUUCCUGUGUCGGUGCUUUGCAAUACAUUGUCUCACAACGCUCUAACAUGUAUUCAAACGUUUUCGAAGUCACUGCAUCCGUUGUGGUGAGUUUCUGCGGUAGGGCCUUCGGUUCUAUUAAACACGGUAUUUGUUUCGGUGCCGUAACGCAGGGCUCACUGGCGCUCAUCUUACCGGGGUAUAUCAUCUUAUGUGGUUCUUUGGAGUUGCAAAGUAGAAAUAUCGUCGCAGGAUCUGUGAGAAUGUUCUACGCAAUCAUCUAUUCGCUAUUCUUGGGUUUCGGUAUCACUCUAGGAGCUGCGCUAUUCGGAUGGAUGUAUAAAGGUGCUACGAACGAAACCUCUUGUUCAUACCCAAUCUCGCCCUGGUUCAGAUUCCUGUUCGUCCCAGCUUUUACUAUCGGUAUUUCACUCAUCAAUCAAGCUCACUGGACCCAGUUACCAGUGAUGACCAUCAUCUCAUGUAGUGGUUACGUUGUCACCUACUGGGCGGGUACGCAUUUCCAAAACUCGACAGAGUUCACAGCAGCUCUUGCUGCAUUCCUCAUCGGUCUGAUGGGUAACCUAUAUUCAAGAGUAUGGAAAGGUCUGGCAGUUUCCGCCAUGCUACCUGCCAUCUUCGUUCAAGUCCCAUCAGGUGUCGCUUCUCAAAGCUCUCUACUGUCAGGUUUGCAAAGUGCCAAUCAACUAAUAAACCACAAUGGCACCAGUGAUACAGCAGAUCUUUCAUCAUCCAUGUCCUUCGGUAUUACCAUGAUUCAAGUCUCCAUUGGUAUCACCGUUGGCCUUUUCGCAUCUACAUUAUUCAUCUACCCAUUCGGUAAGAAGAAAACAGGUCUAUUCAGCUUAUAA